AUAAAAAGAUGUGCGUUAGGAAAAAAGGGUGGAUUUAAAAAAAUAGACUUCCAUUUUCUCAUGAACUCUGGAAUGCAUCCUUACACAUGAUGAACAUCCGGUUUCUUUACUCAAGGCAUGAAGCUCCAUGCCUGAGAAGGCGCAAGCAGCUGCCAGACUUUGUUCAAGAAAGUUCUAGAUCAAAGGGAAGCAGGGGUGCCUCUCUCAGCAGGCUUUCAUAUCCCACUGUCACCAAGGGUUUGGCUCCUGGUUCCGUGGUGGAUCAGGCAGGUUCUGAGAAGCCUGGCCCAUGGUGUUCAGGAGAUCCAAAGCACACGGGAAUAGUUCACCAUGUGGGAACCAGGAUGGGUAUGAGCUGCUGGCACACAGGUGCUGCGUUCCAUUCCUGGUGGUGACUCCCUGGCAGCAUAUGUCCCUUCUGCACCAUACGUUCCCUCACGGUGCCCAGUCACAGCCUGACCAGAGAUCUGAGACAGCAGUAAGGUCCCCGGCGGGGAGUGCAGCACCUUGGCAGGCGGGCCCGGCCCUGGCGUUCUCAUCAAGGAGGGAUCCGGGAGACGCUGACUGGGAUUCCUGUAGACUGCUCUCCGACAGCAGCUGUCGUACAGGUGACCUGCCUCUCCAUCUUCUCCAAGAACGUGAGGCAAAAGUUUGGAUUCUGUCUAGUGGGAUUUCAUAAUGAAACGACAACGAACCUUUUCUCUGAGUAAUAGCUUUCAAAAAGACAUUGAGUCUUGACAGCUAAAAUUAAAUGGGGUCAAAAGGAUCUGUCUUUGGAGAUCAUCUCUUUCAUUCGUCUCAUUUCUCAGAAGACAAAACUGAGGCCCAAGGUCGCAUAAAGACAAUAUCAUCGAUCCACAGCCUGGAGGGACAGUGAGGGGUUCUCAGCAGGCUCCUUUGACCUGAAACCUACAGGUCUCAUGGCGGAGGAGGGGGUGGGAGAAAUCCCACCCUCGCUGAGUUAGUGUUAAUUAACUCAUUUUUCUUUUGCCCUUUCCUAUUGUUCCUAGAAGCAAUUUCGUCUCUGGUCCCCUCUCUCCCACUGCAUAAAACUGUCACAGAUUAAAUCAAAUUGUUCAGCUUUUUCAUUAGGGAGCCUCCAGCUUUCACUCUCAGGGGCAUUCUCACCGAGAGGCUCUCUCUCUCCCUCUCUCUCUCUCUCUCUCUCUCUCUCUCUUCUAACUUAACUCCUUCCUGGAGAUUAUGAAGCCAAUGAGCAGACCACUGAGGAGCUCUGCGGUGGGCGUUUUUGCUGGGCUGAGGGACCAGCUGCAGCCCCUGCUCUCACGAAGCAUCCAAUUCAGCGAGCACACCAGGCUGGAGUGCUGCGACAGGGAGGGCGUGCGGUAGACCAAGCACCUGGGCAAGCAGGAACAACUGCCUUCUUCAGCUCACAGCCCUGGGUAUGUUGGACUUGGGUUUUAUAGAUGGAUCUCAGUUUUCCUAUCUGGACAGUUUCAAGCUGGCAGGUUCCUUUCCUCACCCCAUCACCCUCUAGCUGAUCCUGGGGACUUCCCCACAAACAGCAUGUGAGCAUGUGCGAAGGCAUAAAUGUUAAGAAGAAUGGCGAUGCUGGAGUUCAUGAUGACAGACAGCUAGUCUUCCUGACUAGUGUUCUGCCAUGGCUGUGAUUAACAGUCCCUGCCUGUUGCUCAGACCUGGCUGCAGGAGUGAGGAUCAAAAGGGGGAGGGGCUGCAGGGCUGGAGGCAAGGGGUGGCACAGCCUCUGGAGGACAGGGCAAAUGGGGAUAGAGUUCAGGGCACAGUGGCUAGGUACUUCCUAACCGCUGCUACCACAUGUCAGGUGCAAAAGAGAAAAAGGCGUUGCCAAGGGUGCCAGGUGCACCGAGGUUAGGGCCCACUGCAGAAGGCAGGGGUCCAACUAGGCCAGCUUGCACCUGUGUCAGAGUUAUCUCCCAGGCUGAGGAAUUUUCUCUAGGUGGUCAAAGGCCUCAGUGAUGACAGACUGGACAGCCAAGGCAUAGGAGCAGCUUGGGAUGGAGGGGAGGCAAAACAGCCGACCCAGGAAGAAUUAGGAGCAGGAGGUGGUGGGUGGCCUGCAUGGCAUAGUCUGUCUUGGGGUCUGUGUGGGAUAUGUGGGAGAGCCUAUUGACAGCACAUACCACAUGUGUGGUUUCUGAAGACUACAUGGGAUCAUUUUGCAUGUCAUAAGCCUAGUGUGGGGGACAGCCUGUGCAUGUUACAUGCCUGCUUUGUGAGGGCUCUAUGGGAUAGUCCGCAUAUACCACAUGCAUGGUUUUUGAAGUCUGUAGGGGAUAGCUUGUACGUAUCACAUACCCACGUUACGAGAUGUGUGUAGGACAAUGUGCUUUGUGAGGUCUGAUGGGGAAGUCUGUAGUCACACCCACUUGGAGAUGUUGGUGAGGCCCCUGCACCUGACACGCAUGUUCUUCUUAGGGCUGUGAGCCCUUCAGAAUCAAGAAAAGGCAGUUGGGUUUGCUCCUUCCCUGGUAAGGGCUGAGAUGGGGCCUUUGGUUGGUGCCUGUCUCUAUUGUGCCUGUGGUCUCCCAGGGUGCUGGCCUUCUCAAGGCACUGGCUUAGAUCCCACAUUCCUCUGGUGCCCUGCAAGUGUCUGCUGGGCUGAGGGAAGGAAGCUGGGUCCCAUGUCUUUCUGCUCUCACCACUGAGCAUGCCUUCGGAGUGCCUUCACUGAGCCAGGGGCUGCUGUCGGAUGAUGCUCUUCAAAUCUGCCCAGCUCACAGAAGGACCUACCAGGACCGAAGGUGUCCCCUGGGAAAAGGAGAUGGAGGGCAUGGGAGGGAAGGACCCAGGCCUCUCAUUUCCUUGGGCCUCACUCUUUGCCAAAAUCAGAAGAUGGGAUUUGCGCCUGACUUUGAACCUGAAGCCCCCUCCAGUCCCAUCUUUAUGCUGCAGUAGAGGCAUUUGUGAAUUUUGCAAGCAUUGUAAUCACCUGGGGAAUAGUAUGAUGUGUCACUUUAAGUUAUGCAUGAAAACUGUUGGUGUACUUGCUUAGCAUAUACGAACUUUUAAAAAUCCCUCAUUUGGUUUCCCUAGUUUCUUAGCUAUGCUAGGCCUCUCACCAGAUCCCAUCUGCUGCUCGCCGCGAUCAGACAGCCAUGCAAACCUCAGCAUCUUUGGGAAGGCCCUGCUCUGAGAGCUCCAUCUUCCCAGAGAAUGCUUAUGUGGUCCCUGACCUAGGAUCAUCCAAAUGACCAUGUGUAUAGGUGUUUGAUGCUUUGUGAUAGUGCAAAAGUGAUGCACUUUCUGCAGAAACUGCCCUAGAAAGGUUGAAUUUCCAUCUUCUUCCUGGUUAACAACACAAGAUACCACCCUUGCUUGUGGUUCCAGGGCAUUACAGCUCUCUUUCAGACCCCCCAAUCCAGGGGGAUCGCACAGUGUGCAGCAGCUUAAGCGGCUUAGAUCCACUUCCAAAUUGCGGUGUAAGCAACUCUAAGCGGAUGGGUUUAUCAGGAUGAUGCCUGGCACAAGCUGAGGGGCAGCUGGACGUGUGAGGAAUAGAGAUGGGAAUGGAGGAAGCCCACUGGGAGCUGGCCGACUCUUCCAAAUUUCUACCAUCUGGAUGCUAAGAGCAGAGAUGGGACAUAUUUGCAGUUGGUCUGCUCCUGUCCCUUCCCUCGGGGCUCUGUCCCCACCAGACAGGAAUAGCUGUGGUUAUAAGCCUUUUCCACCCAUCCCACACUCUGUCCUGUGACCCUCAAGUCCCUUUUCAACGCACGUGCUCCAGGGCCCAGAAGUCACAUGUUGACAAGGACAUACAAGACACCAGGAAAGAGAUGGGAAAUGCGCACACCUGGCCUGUACAGCACCCCAGGCCACUCAGCAAGUUCCUCAUGUGCUGUGCAUCAGUGCAUUCUGUGGCCAUUGCCAAAGGCUCUCCUGUCAUGAUCCAGCAGGCAAACACAAACCAGCUGCUUGCUCAGGAUUGGCUACCUGCCACAUGAAACCAACUGCAAAUCUAGCUGCACUAUGACCUUGACUGGUCACCUCUUUUUGAGACUCCGUUUUCUUCAUGGCAAAAUAGGUACACGGAGACACGGGUUUGAAGAUUCUCAAAAAGUGAUGGCAGAGGUGCAAGUCCCCGAGCAUUUUUUGUUAACAAAACAAAAAUUCCAGGGGAGAGGUGAAAGGAAAUGGGAACCCAGCGGACCCUCUCUCCCCUUCUACCUCCUCUGAGCUGUGUGUACCCUGAACUCCCACCAAGCACCUGCCGGUGGCCAUGGCCUGUGAGCACCGGAAAUGCAGUUCGGCUUCUGGUAGAAACCCUGCCUCCUCAGAGCAGAGGGAUGGAAACUUCUGCCCCCAACAGCCUUUGCUAGAAACUUCCCUCUCUGUGGUUUGUCUCUGUCAUUCCCUUGAUAAAAGAAGCUGAGCUGCCAUGUAACCAACGCUCACACAUCACGUCUUCACACACACGUAGACGCCCCUCACGAGCAGGCUGCCUGCGCAAGGAUGCACCAUGCGCUCUGAACUGGGGCAUUCUCCGUUGCCAGGGCGUGCGGCGCGGCUGAUUUUCCGUGUGUGUAUCCUGUACCCCAGGCUCCAAGUGACCCCUCGAGACGGAGAGAUGGGGAACAGCAUGAAAUCCACCCCGGCACCUCCUGAGAGGCCUCCACCCAGCUCAGAUGGGCUGGAGAGUGACUUCCUGGCUGUGUUGAGUGAUUACCCGUCUCCUGACAUCAGCCCCCCAAUAUUUCGGCGUGGGGAGAAGCUGCGAGUGAUAUCUGACGAAGGGGGUUGGUGGAAAGCCAUUUCACUCAGCACUGGCCGUGAGAGUUACAUUCCUGGAAUAUGCGUGGCUAGGGUUUACCACGGAUGGCUGUUUGAGGGGCUGGGCAGAGACAAGGCUGAGGAGCUGCUGCAGCUGCCAGACACGAAGAUGGGCUCAUUCAUGAUCAGAGAAAGCGAGACGAAGAAAGGUUUUUACUCGCUGUCGGUGAGGCACAGGCAGGUGAAGCAUUACCGCAUCUUCCGCUUGCCAAACAACUGGUACUACAUUUCCCCGCGACUCACCUUCCAGUGCCUGGAGGACCUGGUGAACCACUACUCCGAGGUGGCUGAUGGUUUGUGCUGUGUGCUGACUACGCCCUGCCUGACACAAAGUACAGUUGCCCCGCCCACCAGAGCCGCCAGCUCGCCGGUCACCUUGCGCCAGAAGACUUUUGAUUGGAAGCAGGUGUCCAGGCUGCAGGAGGAUGCUGAGGGGACAGGGAACCCCCUCGGGGUGGACGAGUCCCUUUUCAGCUAUGGCCUGCGGGAGAGUAUCGCCUCCUAUCUGUCCCUAACCAGCGAUGACAGCACCCCCUUCGACCGGAAGAAGAAAAGUGUUUCCCUGAUGUACAGUGGCAGCAAGAGGAAGAGCUCCUUCUUCUCUUCAACACCAUACUUUGAGGACUAGCUGGGGAGCAGCCAGCCAGCCAUGAGGCAUGGCGGUUCCAACUGUUGCCCAGUGUCCUGCCCCAACUAGGGUGCCUGAGGCUCUGGAGCUGAGAGAGGCCCCUUGGGAACUCAAACUCUCCUCCUCUUUGUCCACGCUGUGACCACAAGGACCUGGGGUCUGAUGAGUGUUGUGACUCUUGAUGGCCCAAGGCCGGGUACGUGCACAUGGUGAAGAUGGGCAGGACAAAGAUUCACGCAAGCACAGGAAUCUGGCCCGUUCUACAGGAAACUGUCCAUUGAUCACACUCCGGGGACACUGGAAAGUCUGAGACGAAGACUGACCAAGAGCUGUGCCUGGUGGGUGGUUCGGGUUUGUAGAUGGGUUCCUGCAUGGAACUUUGUAACCCAGGGGAUGUCAUCUUUCAUGUGAAGGGCACUCCGUGAUACUAAACACUAGCCCAAAGGACUUACUGGCUUGAAUCAGGAGAUGCCUUGGCAGGCUUGGUGGAAGUCAGGUGGCCUCUGUGAUGCUGAGAGGGCCAAGCAUAUGGGAGAAAGGGGGCAGGUGGUGGGGAAGACCCCAACAUGGCAGGAACUGCACAGGCUUCUGAGAUGUCCCCAGUUAUUAAGAGUUCCUCUGGAUUGCUGGGAUUGUUGCUGCAUCAAGGCAUCUAUUAUUCAUCCUUAACUGUCUGAAGAGGCACCAUGUUAAGUCCCUGUGCAAGGUGUCAGUCCCCCCCACCCCCCCAAAAAAGAACAAGUCAUCCCAGCUUCUAGUGCAGCUGUAGACAAGGGGGAAAGUGUCCAGGCCAGUUAUGUGACAAAGAUUCCUCCCAUCCAAAUCAUGCCAGGCAUGGAGGAAGGGAGCAGGGUUCUGCAGAAACCAUGACCCGCCUUCCCCUGUAUCCUGGGGCUGAUGGGUGGGGAAGUGCCUGCUGUGGUGCCUUCUGCCCUGUGCCAGCAUUCCUUGGAUCUGAGCUAGAGUAUGCAGCCAUGCCUUCCCAGCAGGCCACAGGGACUUAUGUAGGGAGACAUGUGUGGUCUUUUCAAUAGUCAGAGAAGGCUGCUUCAAAAGGAUCCCCCAGCAUGUGGGAGAUGAACACAAUCUGGGGACUGCCUCCCACCUCCAGACUGGAGGCCGACCCCAGUUGUCUGGGGACACAGCCCCCCACCAUGAGACCAGGGGCUUACCCAAGCUGCCUGCAUGGUGUCUUAGCGCCUUAUUUUCCGUUGCAACAAAUCUGAUUGGAAUGCUGGGGGAGCACUCCGCUGGGAGGUAGAGGUGGGGAGACUUCUCAGUGGGAAGCAUUAUGCUGUAUUAAAUCCUGUAUUUAUUCCUGAUGAAAAAUAAACUUAUUAUGUAUUUAAACCUUGAAAAA